AUGCCACAUGAUGAUGAUAAGCUAAACGGAUUAAAAACCGAUUUUCCAAACGGAAUUUCUGCACCAGCACUUCAUAAUACUAACAUAACAAAUAGCACAACCCACAUCGAUGAGGUUUCUUAUGUUAGCAAAGAACGAAAUAACAUAUUUUCGUCAAGGCUUAUUGAUCCUAUAAUACAACUUAAUGAUAAAAAUCAUAAUAUGUCAUCGCCGCCAUCUGAUGAACCUUUAAAAAGUAGUUCUCCACUCAUAUUCCCUUUCAAAAAUCCUCUCCGAAGUAUCAAAUUAAGUGAUACCAAAAUCACUGCUUUAUCAGGAGCUCUAGCGGGUUUCUUAUCCGGAGUAACUGUCUGUCCAUUGGAUGUAACAAAGACUAGAUUGCAAGCUCAAGGCAUUGAAGGCAUUGAAAAUCCAUAUUAUAGAGGUCUCUUGGGAACAAUGUCUACAAUCGUCAAAGAUGAAGGAGUUAAAGGACUUUAUAAAGGUAUCGUGCCGAUUAUUAUGGGUUAUUUUCCCACAUGGACUAUAUAUUUUUCCGUUUACGAAAUUUCCAAAGACAUGUACUCGAAACUAUUACCGUAUUCUGAGUUCUUAUCUCAUUCAUGCUCAGCUAUUACUGCUGGUGCAGCUUCCACAAUCUUAACAAACCCAAUUUGGGUCGUUAAGACCAGAUUAAUGCUACAGACUCCAAUGGCCAAACAUCCUACAUACUACAGUGGAACCAUUGAUGCGUUUAGAAAAAUAAUUAGACAAGAAGGUAUAAGGACAUUAUAUACCGGUUUAGUUCCAUCAUUAUUCGGAUUACUUCAUGUUGCAAUCCAUUUCCCAGUUUAUGAAAAAUUAAAAAGAAAACUACAUUGUGACUCAAAAGAAACAGAUCAUUCCAUUCAGUUGAAGAGACUUAUUAUCGCAUCUUCUGUUUCUAAAAUGAUUGCAUCUUCAAUAACUUAUCCUCAUGAAAUCUUAAGAACAAGAAUGCAAAUAAAACUAAAAUCACCAAAUCCAACACAACGGAAAUUAUUUACCUUGAUAAAGAAGACGUUUGUUCAAGAGGGGAUCAUGGGAUUUUAUUCUGGGUUUGCAACAAAUUUGAUACGUACAGUACCGGCAUCAGCUAUCACUCUUGUAUCGUUCGAAUAUUUUAGGAAUACGCUAAUACGGCUGAAUGAAGAUUCCAAUCUGUAA